AUGAGCAGUCCCACUCCUCAGGAUGAAUCUUCUUCCGAAGUCAUUCCCACUUUCGCGCUCACAACUCCGCCACGUCGUCUUUCGUCAAGCACUUCUAUUCUUGACGUCCGCACCCCGUCUCCACCCCAUGACCUCUCCAAUCUUUCUGUUCUCCCUUCAUCUUCUGAAGAUGAAGCAGAGAUACGCGAGGCGGAUGUCACACCCGUGCGAGUGGAUGAGGAUGGCCUUGCCAAUCCGAACUACACCGCGAUGAAGACUCCGAGACCUCCUGGAGCGUGGGCUGCUACGCCCAUACCGCCCAAGCACCCGAGGGAAACAUCACCACCUCCUACUUCAUCUGAGUUGGCUCCGACUACGUCAUCGACGCCUUUGCCUCGAGCCAAUUCUGAACCCGAGCGGAACUCGAAGACUGAGGCCCCGGCAGGCAAUGGACUGCUCACACCAAUACCCUCUCUGUCGCGUGCGAACUCUCUUCCUCUACGCACCCCGGCACCCCCUGGUGCAUGGAUGCUCACCCCAAAUCAACCCACAACUCAGAAUGGACAGAAUGGUUCUGCAGAUCAGUCCCAGUUUGGUUCUAUCGGAAGGAGAAAGAGCAUUCUCAAAGUACGCUUUGACGUCACGGAAUCAGAGGCUUCAACUGCUGAAGUUGAACAUCAAAAAUCACCUCUAUCUUCCGGGCGCGUAUCAGCGCCUGACUUUCUGCCUGAUGGCCACUCACGACGGGCGGAGAGCGUCCCCUCAAAAAUGACCAAUGGUUCUGCCCACGUUGAUGCCGUACAAGAUCCGGUGCCAGCGAGGCCCGUCACUCCUGAACGCCCUACAACACCCAUAUCUCGUGCUAACAUACCAUCGCCACGUUCGCUGAGAAAAUCCCCCACCGUCAAGGUUGUGGAUGCAUUCGGUCGAGAAAGGAUUGAUGACCAUCCAACACCGGCUGAUGUCCAGGAUAUUGUGGACGAGCAUGCGGAUGGGAAAUACACGAUUCGUUCGCUGUUAUCAGCCGAAACUCCUCAUACUCCUCGUGCCCAACACAAGAGUAAUAUUCGUAUUGUCGAUGCAAUGGGAAGAGAAAUUGAGGAAGAAGAAGUCCCUGUGAUUGAACCCCUAUUCGAAGAAGAGUUGUUAGUCCUGCAUGAUGAUUCACCUGUUGGUCGCACGGAAACAUUGGCUCAGAUGCGGCAAACGCUCCGGGAGUGGGCAGAUGGGCUAAGUGAUGGGGACAGGUCUGCUGAUGAUCUCGCUUUGAACACGAGCCACCUCGAAGAGUUGGAAGAAGUUUCGAGGGCAGCGCGGCAUGCUCGGAACCAGUUGGCUCAGACCCUUCGUGUCGAAUCUGUGAAAGAGCGUGACCUGAUGCACAAAUAUGCCAAGGACGCCUCGCAUCUGAUCUAUUCUAUUAACCAGCCGGCUAUCGUUGGUGACAACAGUUCUUUCCAUCGUGGUAUGGUUUUGCUCGGGGUUGUGGUCCAAAUAAUCUUCGUCCUUGCGAUGUGGCGAUUCGCACAUGUCCUAGCUCACCGACUAUUUUAUACCGUCUAUUAUGAUCCUCUCUACCCAGAAUUGAAUCCCUUACCUGGACACUCCCGUCAAUUCUCGCCGUCCUAUCCCUCAUUUCCAUGGUCGCUUUCGAGCGCGUAUGAGAUUGUGAGACACGAAGGAUGGUCAGCUUUGAAAGCGGAGCUACAGGGCACUGUGCGCCGUAUCGGUGAACACGCUUGGGAGAAGUGGGGAGAACGCCCUUACACCGGAACAUGGCCACCUACGUGA